CGGUAACCGAACCUUCGUACGUUUCCUAUUCGAGACCCCUUCCCCCUCCUAGGGAUUCAGUUUGGAAUUCGAACUCGCGCAUGCGGUCGGAGUGUAUUCCUCCAGAUGAUCAUGAGAUAAGCGGGAUUCUACUGGAGCUCAGCAAGGAACGUACGGAGACGAGGCGACGAGCCAUAUCUGACUUUAUCGUUCCCAAAGGUUAUCCGCGCACAACGGUUCCGGCAGCUCGACUGAGAUGUUGGUGGACGGGAUUGGGAGCGUGGCGAGGGGAUUAGCGGCACGAACGCUGCUGCCGUCUGAGAUCUGCGCAGCUUCGCUCCAGAGAAUCAAGCAGACCGAGGAGUUGAACGCUUAUAUAACAGUUGUGGAAGAGAAAGCGAGACUUCGCGCGCGUCAAGGAGAUAAGCGAUGCGAGAGCGGGAAAAUCCUUCCGUUGGACGGAGUCACAAUCGCUGUCAAGGAUAACUUCUGCACUGCCGGUGUGCGCACGACAUGCGCUUCGAAAAUGCUGGAAGAUUUCGUGCCGAGGUAUACUGCCACUGUGAUACAACGCCUGGAACGGUCCGGCGCGAUCGUCAUCGGGAAAACGAAUAUGGAUGAGUUCGCCAUGGGUGCCGGCGCCACAGAUAGUCGUUUCGGUCCCAGCAAAAAUCCUUGGAGAUACGAACGUGCAGGAGAAAGCAUCGCUGGGGAUUUCUACAUCACCGGAGGAUCUAGCGGAGGUUCAGCGGUUGCGGUGGCGUCAGGCACUUGUUUCGGAGCGGUGGGCUCCGACACGGGAGGCUCGGUCCGAAACCCUAGCGCUAGAUGUGGAGUAUUCGCUCUGAAACCUUCCUACGGAGCACUGUCAAGGCACGGCCUAAUUCCGCUGACGCACUCGCUCGAUGUCCCGGGUCUCAUCGGGCUCACAAUCGACGAUCUUGCGCUGAUGUUCUCAAUUUGCGCUGGAGUCGAUCCUCUCGACUCGACCACCAUUCGAACGAAUUUUUCGGGCCUGAAACUCCACGAUGAGCCCGCUCUGAAUGGUCUCCGGGUCGGGAUUCCACAAGAGUACCACUGCCCCGGGAUGCAAGAUGAGGUCAUAAAGCUGUGGACAGAUGUGGCCGAUCUGCUCGAGAAACUCGGCUGUGAGGUCGUCGCCGUAAGCCUUCCGCACACCCAAUAUUCGCUGCAAUGUUAUUCGGUUCUCAAUUGCUGCGACGUAGCAUCUAACUUGGCCUGCUACGAUGGGCUUGAAUUCGGCUGUCGCACGGAAAGCAUGGAGUCAACAGAGGAUCUCUUCGCAGAAACCCGCCUCAAAGGUUUCAGCGACGUUGUCAGGGGACGAAUUCUAUCGGGAAAUUUCUUCCUCCUGAAGGGCAACUACGACAAGUUCUUCAGACAAGCCAUGCGCCUACGACGUCUGAUCUAUUCGGACUUCGAGACUGUCUUCCGGAAUGUAGAUCUUCUUCUCGCACCAGUCACGCUGACUGAAGCGAUUCUCUACUCCGAAUGGUCGAAGAAGGACAAUCGAACGAGGGCGACCCUCGAGGACUAUUGUACUCAACCCGCGAACUUGGCGGGCCUUCCGGCUCUGAGUUUACCGUGCCGUCUAUCGCGCAAUGGUCUCCCUCUAGGUUUACAGCUCAUCGGCCCCGCCCUGAGUGAGGCUCGACUGAUGAACACGGGGAAGCGAAUAGAGCUAGAGAUGGACUUCCAACACUCAUGUAAAUAGAUGUGAACAGCGAGAGAGAACGGAACAAGGUUUAUCAGCUCCCUCAGCUCAAUAUAUGUAAAGCACCAGAGAAUAAAUUGCGACAGAGGCGAUUAUUAU